UCGGCGGGGCUUAUCAGCAGGCGCGCCAUUUUCCUUUCUAACCAGUUGCUGCAGUUAAAUAUUCUCGUUGGGGAGGAGAUUUAAGGCAGCCUGGGAGCUUAAUAAUCUUUGCUCCCUUUUUGGAGGGUCAGUUUUGUAACAAUGUAUUAAAUUGAUGUGAUUGAACAAUAGGUGAUAAGGGGCGCGAUAAGCGAGGUUUUUCAGGGAUUAAGGCGCGUAGGCAGCCCUUGUGAGUUUCCAAGGGAGUGCCACGUCGACGGAUUGGAAAAAAGACAAUGGGUGUCCAUGGAAGGACCAUAGCCAUGGGGCACUUCGUGUGGUGUUUGCUUGUAGCUGUAACUGUGAUAAUUAACAACGCCGAUUCGGCAAAUGUAGUACUACCAACAGGCUCAAUCGACUUCAUGGACAGCUGGGUAAAAGGAGAAAAAGAUGUGAGCCGACGACCGGUCUUCACGACGGGAAUGUGUCCCAACAGGCAAGGGUCGGGUGCCGACGGAGCCUACGAUGUCAGCCAAGCAGCGUAUUAUAGCUCGCCAAUGUCAUCGUUAGUUCAAGACUAUUUUGUCGCGGACAACUUCUCCAUCGUAACGACAUUUAAGCCCACAAUGUCAUACACAACUGAGCUGAUUAGCAUCUUGGGUGAAUACGGCCAGGAGGACUUUGUGCUGCGAGUUGGUCCGGAGGAGUCCCGACUGUCAUACACUGGGCCUGCGGAGGACGCCGAUAACAUACCGGAAAAAAAAGAAUGGGUCCUGCCCAUUAAACUUGAAACUGACACGUGGCAGCGUGUGUCGUUCAGCGCUGUAGGCGAUACAAUUUCCCUUUUCCAUCAGGGGCAAUACAUCAAUCACAUGCAGGGAUCGGCAGUGAUCAGCAGUGCAGGCUCCGUCGAGAUCUCGAGUUCGAACCAAGACGCACCAUUCACUGGCGUUGUCCAAGACCUCAUCUACGUGCCUUCUGAUAUUGGCGCCUACGAGCAUACCACCCGCUACUGCCCUGAUUGUGACUAUGAAUUCCCCGUGUACAACGACCAGGGGGAGUUAGUCGGUGGUUGGGAGGAUGGUGAUGAUUAUGCGUCCGCGUAUGAGGAAGGAGAAAUGGAAGCCGGCUUUAUGGAUGGCGAAGAUGGCGGCGUUUUUAUGGGAAUGGGAAUGGACAAGAAAGAUCCGGGGGAGACAGUAUAUGCUGUAGACAAGUAUGGAUCAGCUAUGGGCGCGGAUAUGGCUAUGGGUGUCCCAUACGGACCCCCCGGACCCCCGGGCCAGCGUGGGCCCAUGGGACCCCCCGGAGUAAAGGGAGAACAGGGUUUCCAAGGACGUGACGGCAUCGAUGGCAACAACGGUCUCCCGGGACCACCAGGCAACGUUCUUGUCAUUCCGAUGAACACUGACGGCAAGAACCAGAACCAGAGGGAGGCCUUCCAGCUUCUUCUUAAACAACACAUGCAAUCCAUGAGGGGUGCCUCCGGACCACAGGGCAUGACAGGACUUCAUGGACAGGCGGGCCCACCUGGAGACCCUGGCGAGAGAGGAGACGAGGGCUUACCAGGAGAUGCUGGACCACCUGGACCAAUGGGUGUUCCUGGACUUGCUGGGCCCCCGGGAAAAAGGGGCCGUAGCGGACGUGAUGGUGAAAGGGGAACCAUUGGAGCUAUCGGCGACAAGGGUGAAGGCGGCUAUCCUGGAAUUCCAGGCAUGCCAGGCAUCAAGGGAGAUAGGGGUUACAUGGGCUCUCAGGGGUCGAUGGGACCGCCAGGGCACGAUGGACCCCAGGGAGAUCAAGGCGAGCCAGGACAGCUUGGACCUGAAGGAGAACAGGGACUUCGUGGUUUCAUGGGCCCCAGAGGUCGACCAGGACCUAUCGGAGUACCGGGUAUUCCAGGCUCGGAGGGGUCGCAGGGACCAAAGGGAAACCAGGGUGGUGUUGGAUCCCCAGGCGCUCCAGGACAGGCCGGAUCUCCAGGGCCAAUUGGCUCACCAGGACCACCAGGAGCCAUCGGACCAGCCGGAAUCCCCGGGGCUCAGGGUAAACCAGGAAUGUCUGGUCUGCCUGGACCCAUCGGACCUCCCGGAACAGAUGGACUUAAGGGGACCCCAGGGCCGAAGGGUGAUUUUGGACCAAUGGGAACGCAGGGAAUCAUCGGAUACCCCGGUCCAAGAGGCGCAAAGGGAGAUGUUGGCGUUCGAGGUUUGCAAGGCGAAAAGGGUUUCCAGGGACCCCCAGGUUUCCCAGGCGACCGCGGCGAUAUGGGUGCGAAAGGAGACCAGGGACAGCAGGGUGAUGCAGGACCUAUGGGACAAGAAGGCAUUGAAGGAGUUAAGGGUGACCGCGGACAGAUAGGCGAAUCGGGGCCUCCUGGACCUAAUGGUGAAAUGGGUCGUAUCGGACCCGCGGGCUUGACUGGCUACCCCGGACCCCCUGGACUGAAGGGAGACAUGGGUGGAAGGGGACGCCGUGGAAAGAGGGGGCGUGCAGGAAAAACUGGAGCUCCUGGCAAUAUCGGCGACCGCGGAGAGCCAGGUCCUCAGGGCCAACAAGGAGAACGCGGGAACCAAGGUAUCCCCGGACCAAUCGGACCAAAAGGUGAGAUCGGGGCCGCCGGACCCCCAGGACCCGAAGGUGAACAAGGUAUUGCAGGGCAGCCGGGCAUGCAGGGACCGCCAGGGCCACUUGGACCCAUGGGUCUUCCGGGAAAAGACGGAUUAAGAGGAUCACCAGGAGAGCGCGGAGAACCCGGCCAGACUGGACAAAAUGGAAUGGAUGGGCCGUCGGGAGUUAUCGGACCUACUGGACCUGCUGGAGAGCCCGGUCCGCCAGGAGACAGAGGCGCGCCUGGGGUUCAGGGUCUGCCAGGAGACACCGGCCUACCAGGACAAAGCGGGAAUCCAGGAGAGAGGGGUACAAUCGGUAUACCAGGAGAAAUGGGGCCCCCAGGUCCACCAGGGCCCGUGGGAUUCACAGGAGACAGAGGCUACCCAGGACCACCGGGUCGUGACGGGCCUACAGGAGACCACGGACCAGAGGGACCGCCAGGACCUCAGGGUGAGAAGGGACAUGAAGGGAUGCCAGGAGACCCCGGCGGUCCGGGUGUCAUGGGCCCACCAGGACCACAGGGUAAUGAGGGACGACGCGGAACUAAGGGUGAUAUGGGUAUUGAAGGUCUACCAGGAGACGCUGGCGGACCAGGACCUGAAGGACCACGAGGCUUCCAAGGACCUCCAGGACCAAUCGGAGCUCCCGGUAUGGAUGGAGACAGGGGAGAUAUCGGACCACCCGGCGAUCGAGGACCGAAAGGAGAUUAUGGACCUCAGGGACCACCAGGACCCCAAGGACAGUCAGGCUUACAGGGACCACCCGGACCAAACGGAUCCCCAGGAGAGCCAGGAAUACAGGGCAUUCAGGGACCAACAGGUAGCAAGGGAUCUGAAGGAUCACGUGGUCUACCAGGCCUUCAGGGCAAUGUCGGCCUUCAGGGGUCGCCUGGAGAUUCCGGACCAAAGGGUGAACGCGGUGAUCCAGGAAUCAUGGGCGCACCAGGAUCCCCGGGCCCGCAGGGACCUGCAGGACCAACAGGGGCUGCCGGGUUGAUGGGCAUGCCAGGAAACCCAGGAUCGGAAGGACGACAGGGACCCAAGGGAGAUCCUGGUACCCCGGGAGAUCGAGGUGCGCCAGGAACGGACGGCGUUGAUGGUCCACCAGGCCCUGGAGGAGCACCAGGAGAGGAGGGGCGUCCGGGUAUCCAAGGUGACCCUGGACCGCGAGGCCCGCCCGGUAUCGAUGGGCCUAAGGGACACUCAGGUGAAUUUGGCCCGCCUGGUAACCCAGGACCCCCAGGACCACUUGGAGUGAAGGGAGAACCAGGAAACGACGGUAAUGAGGGGAAACAGGGAUCACCAGGACCGAUUGGCCAAGUUGGUUUGCCCGGAGACCCAGGUCAAGCGGGUUCCAAUGGAAAACAAGGAUCACAGGGCUUGCCCGGAAUCCAAGGACCCUCUGGGGAAACGGGACCCAAGGGAGAUAGAGGAUAUGCCGGAUCAAUUGGACAGAGAGGGCCACCGGGACCUUCCGGUGAGCAAGGCAGACCAGGACCCCCGGGAGCACCGGGAGUUCCAGGACAAAAUGGAGAGGCCGGCGCACCAGGGUCACCAGGAUCUCAGGGAGAACCAGGGGUUAUUGGUCCUGCAGGUCCCACUGGUCCCAAGGGCGAACAGGGAAUGAAAGGAAUCAAGGGUCACCAUGGCCGUGUUGGCCCCACCGGUCUUCCAGGAGACGUCGGACCAAAGGGAGAGCCAGGUCUGCCAGGACCACCCGGACCCAAGGGUUCCAGAGGAGAACUGGGCCCACUCGGACCACCGGGAAUGCCUGGAGCAGAUGGAUCUACCGGUCUUCCGGGAGUAGAGGGACCGAUGGGACCAAAGGGAGAACCGGGACACGACGGACCAGAGGGACUGACUGGACCAUCUGGACCCCCUGGACCACCCGGACCCCCUGGCUCCGCGACUUCUUACCCUACAGAUCUCCUUGGCCAGGAUAACCUUCUUGUCUCCGGCCGCAGGAAGAGGAGUAUCCAGCAGAAUCACCCUGAUGUUCUCAACUUACCUGAUCUGGAAGCCGACUUUGAGAUAACACUUUUGGACAUCACUCAGAAUAAGGUAUCUCUGAAGGAAGGCGUGCACAUGUUCGUUGACAAGAUGUGGAACCACAUUAUCCGGGUGUCUAAUGUUGUGGAUGAGCUGAAGUACCCCCCGGGCACCCGGGAGAGCCCUGCGGCGUCCUGUCUGGACAUCAAGAAGUCGUACGACGGCUAUCAGGAUGGUAUGUACUGGAUUGAUCCUAACCAAGGAGGAAUUGGUGACGCCAUCGAGGUGUUCUGUAACAUGUCAGGAGGAGGCAGGUCAUGUGUGGAGCCAAUGUCCAGUACCGCCCAGGCCGAUCUUCGCUCCAUGUCAAGUUCUGAAGAACCCCUUUGGUUCAGCGAAAUGGACGGUGGCUUCGAGGUAAGCUACAGUGACCAGAUUACCUCACUAGCAUUAAGAUCAGAUCUCGCAACCCAGACCGUGGUGUUUAAUUGCGAUGGAACUGUAGCCUGGUAUGACGUCGAGAGACAAACAACAUCGGACGCUGUCCACCUCCUCGGUCUGAAUGAACACCUGUUCGAGACUGAACAACUGGAUGGUGUCACUGUUCUUCAGGAUGGGUGCAAGGACAAGACUAGCGGCCAGACAGUGUUCCAGCUGAGAACCAAGGCGUCCCGUCUCCCAGUGGUUGAUGUUUUGCCCCGAUACAUGGGCAAUUCUCGCCAGCGAUUCGGGUUCACUGUUGGGCCCGUGUGCUUUCUGUAGUUAGUGCGCUAUGCUUCAUGUUGCUCUGAAAAUACUCAUUAGAUUAAUUUCUGUGGGAUUCAACAUCGGAAAGACAACACCGCUUUUUCCGUAAAUGAAACAUUAACUGUGUUGAUUGAUAUGUUCAAACUUCAAUGCAAACAUUGUCAAGUUAAGCUUUAAAAAACAGACACAUUUGGAACAAAUAAGUUUGAUACAUUGCUUAUGCAACAUGACAACUCGCCGCCUGUUCAUUUGUAAGCGAUAUUUCUGAAUACUAACAAAUGUUUAAUGUUCUUCCAACAAUACUUUUGAACAGAAUGCAUCUUGUUUUUUUUCGAUGUUGAAAAUCACGUGACUUGAUCUGACCAAUGAACUUCUUUGAAUAUUGUCUGAAAACAGGUGUUUGAAAGUUUCUUUAUUAUUUUUUCGCAGUUAAUUCACAGGUUUAUUCUCAUUGUGUUAUAAUCUCAUCCAUUCUGUUUAUUAUUCAGUGCUAUAAACGAUGGAAUAUUGAACGAAUAUUGACACUUAUAUUUUUGUUUUGUUUUUCAAGUCAUUCUUAAUUUGUCUUUCAAAGUUAUGUUUGAUUCAAUGAAAUCCGUCCAUUGUAGUGUAGAUUGUAUGCACGAUUCACAUGGUUGUAUAUUACAUGGCAUUGUCACUUGUCAUAAAGUGUUUAAGAGAGCAUACAUUACAUACAUCAAUGUUUGUCAUAACUUUCUGUUUGUCUUUCCAUAACUUCCAUACGCCUCAUGAAUGCUGAUGCUCAAAAGUGUUAAUACAAAGCAUUAAACAUGUUUAGAACUUUUAUUUUUAAGAAAAUAAAUUUGUUGACAUGUCAUGUUAGGAUGUCAUAUUUCUCGGGAAUUUGGAUAACAGACCUGAUCCAGCAUAUUAUAAAUACUUAGUCAGAGAAGAUUAUUACUGACGUAUUCGGCGUGCAAUCGGAACACCUCGGCCACCUCCGCAAUACCACGAGCCUCGGAUUAAAAAAAAAAGUAGUGCAUUAGAAAAUGUAGUUCGUGAGAUAAAUAAUAAUAAUAAUUAUUAAUUGUAGUGGUGUUUGCUUAUUACUAAGAUCAAAUUGAUUAUCAGUGAAGUGUAUUAUUUCAUAAAUCAUUAAGAUUCCUAGAGUUAUGUCCUAAGGCUUAACUGCUAAAUUGAUAUUACUACGCGAUUUGCUUGCAGCGUAGAUAAAUGAAAAUAAUUGUGACAUCACAAAAGUCAAUAUGUACAUAAAACGUGCUUUUUUUAGAAGGAAACUGGCCGAGGUCCUUCGAUUGAUUCGCAGUGUAUAGCUAUAGAAACAUCUACUCGACCGAAUAUCACCAAAGUAGUUAUACGCUAUUUAUAGACUGGUUACCGAGGUUACUAUUAAACACAAAAAUCAGGGCACUCAAAGCAGCUGUACUGUGAUCAUUCAGUUUGCGUACAAUCUUAAAUGCAAGUGUUUCUUAAAACAUAUUUUAUACAUGUUUGGCCGGGAAUAAUUGCAAUUAUUUUAUUAUAUCUUAGCCAAAAGGGUUUAAAAAAAUACUAAACGCAUAAUCAUAUAACAUUUUUAAUAACAAAUCUAUAUGCCAUUUAUAUUAGUUCUUGCAACGUUGUAUAACCGGGUGUAUUCCUAACCAUUCUCAUAUACUCGGACUCGUGUGACAAAUAUCAUUUUGAAAACCAUCUUGAAACACUUAGCAAUGAAGAUUUUACAUGCGCAAACAUGUUUUAGUUAUUUGCACGUUCUUUCACGUCAUAUUUUCAUAUCCACACUGCAUUCUUACUCCCGGGGGAACUUUAUAUUAUACGCUUUUCAUUUUUACACCACACAUAGUACAGUAUAUAACCCGCUUUUGCCACGCUUAUGCAUAGAAGAGCAAUAAACAUUAAAAAUA